UUUUAUCAUUUAUAUAUAUCGUAAGCCGGCUUUUCUCUUCGUUACAUAUAUUCACUUCUUAUAUUACAACUUCUUCAUCUUUGUCAAUUAAGUAGAUUGAACUUUGAAUAUCAGUACCCUGUCAACAAUUCCAACGCCAUGGCUAAGCGUUUCAAGCUUAAGCUCUCUCGUGCCAUGCCUUCAUUUCAAAUCUGUCGAUCCAAAACCAGUUCAGAUACUAAUCCAAUUCCAGCAAUUUACAGAAUAUCACCCUUCAGCCGUAAAUCACAUGACAUCAAUUACCCCAGAUUUCCAGACCCACCGCCAUCAACACCAGAUUGUCCGUCAACCAAACCCCAUGGCAACAGGCGCUCACCGAGAUCACUCGCAUAUUACCUCGCUGAUUUCAGUAUUGAAUCGCCAGAUUUUGCAUGGAAGAAAGACGAACAUCGUAUGAGGCUGCAACCCAGAAAUCGCCAACGAUUCAUGCAGAGUGUAUCAUUUUCCGACGAGAGUAUUGAGAACAUCUCGCCGGUUAUAGUAACAGAAAACAAGAAAAAUGAAAUAGAAACUGAUGAUGUUGGCUGUUGCUUUAGCAACCAAGCAGAUGAUGAAGAUGAAAAUGAAUUAGAAACUGAAUCAUUAUUAUUUUCUUCCAGAAGCUUCUCUUACGACUCUUCGUUUGACUUCUGUAAUCUCCCAGCGGCUGCGGAGACCAUAACCAAGAACUCAGUAGACAAUGGAAAUUCCGAGACAACAAGUAAAAAAAAUAUUCGAAAACUGAGACGCCAGCUUUCGAAGAAGAGUAGCGGGAAGUCGUCGUCUGCGGAGAUUAGUUCUCCGGUAAGGGCAUCUGUUUUGCGGAGGAUGAUGUCGUGUACGACGACUGAUGGAAAGGUUAAAGAGAGCAUGGCGGUUGUGAAGAAAUCAGAGAAUCCUUAUGAGGACUUCAAAAGGUCAAUGUUAGAGAUGAUAUUAGAGAAACAGAUGUUUGAGGCGAGGGAUUUAGAAGAGCUUUUGCAUUGUUUCUUGUCGUUGAAUUCAAGGCAAUACCAUGGAGUUAUUAUUGAAGCCUUCUCAGAGAUUUGGAAGAUAUUGUUCUGUGAUUCUCCUGUUAAGAAGCCUAGUUCCAUGCGAGUUCGCAGACUUCGAGUUUGA